GAAUUAUGUUUUUCUACUGGCUUCUCCAGUGUGCAUGGUGAAAGGCCAUCUGCUGAGUAUGCAAAGUUGAGAAAAGAGUCACUGGAAAGUGAAUUUGGACAUGCACUUGGAACUUAUAGCUCCAAAAAUGUUUCCAUGUUAUACCGAUUUGGUCCAUUCUUGGCUUUGUAUAGAGCAGCAAUAAUUUCAUUCCAUGUGUUGAAGCUUACCAUUUGGCAAUUAUUGGUUCAUGACAUUAGAAAGCGUUCCAAAAUG